ACCACUAAACAGCUGCUGUACGAAUGAUUUUUAAUUCUCAAAGAGUUUUUUUGAAGCGCACGGUAUUGCGUAUAAAGCGCACGUAUAAAACAUUUUAAAUCGCCAAAGAGCAGAAUAUCAUCAAUAAUGUUAACUUCUUUUUCAAAAUGUGCUUUGCAAAAAGCCAGUCGACCAUCCGUCCGGUCUAUGUCAGGGGUCAAUUUUGAUAUUCAACACAAGCAACCCAUUGCCAGAAAACAAGUAGGACUACCAAGAGCCAGGUAUGGAGGUAGGAAUGCGGUGACGAUGUUACCAGGCGGUGGAAUUGGUCCAGAAUUGAUGACUUACGUUAAGGAAGUGUUCAAGCACGGAGGUGUACCCGUUGAUUUCGAGACAAUUCAAAUUGAUCCAUCGAGCGACAAUAACGAUGAUUUGCAGUAUGCUAUCACGUCUAUUCGUAGAAACGGCGUAGCCAUCAAAGGAAAUAUUGAAACCAAAAGUCUCGAUACCAAUAUUAUAUCGCGUAAUGUAGCCAUACGUAACGAACUAGAUUUGUUUGUCAACGUAAUUAAUGUUCAUUCGUACGAAAAUGUACAGAGUCGGCAAAAAAACGUAAAUGUCAUAAUUAUAAGACAAAACACCGAAGGCGAGUAUGCAAUGUUAGAACAUGAAAGUGUGGACGGAGUAGUUGAAUCUAUGAAAAUUAUCACAGAAGAGAACUCUAAACGUUUAGCUCGCUAUGCUUUUGAAUUGGCCAAGAAUAAUGGCCGUAAAAAAGUUACGGCCGUUCACAAGGCCAACAUUAUGAAACUAUCUGACGGUCUGUUUUUAGAGACAUGCAGACAAAUGGCAAGUAAAUAUCCAGAAAUCGAGUUUGAAAACAUGAUCAUUGAUAACUGCUGCAUGCAGCUAGUAUCAAAUCCUCAUCAGUUUGAUGUCAUGGUCAUGCCUAAUCUUUAUGGGUCUAUUGUGUCCAACGUUGUCUGCGGUCUUGUCGGUGGCGCUGGUUUAAUAUCUGGCCGAAACUAUGGCGACCAUUAUGCUGUGUUCGAACCAGGCACCAGGAACACUGGUUCGUCCAUCGCUGGUGCCAAUAUCGCCAAUCCUGUAGCCAUGUUGAGCGCAUCCGCUGACAUGUUGGAACACUUAGGACACAAAAUGCAUUGUGACAUGAUUAGAACUGCCAUAACCAAAACGCUUAGUGAAGACUUGGUCCACACGGCCGAUUUGAACGGUACCGCAUCUACUACAGACGUCGUACACAACAUAAUUAAACACGUGAAAAACUAUACUCAAAAACGUGUCUAAUGUACAAUGUACAAACUUAAUAACUAUUAUAAGUCAAUGCUCUAAAUUAUUAUUUUGUUUUAUUUUAAUUACUAAAUAAGUGAUUGUUGAUUUGAUUUCCUAACUAAAUUUUGUUUUGCCAAGUAUUAUUUAUGAUGAAUAUAAAAAUAAAUGAAUCAUAAUAUGAAAAUAU